AUGUCUUCAAUUAUCAAUCAAUUAGGUCUCAACACUAGAGUUCCAUACCACUUCUUGUUCUACUCAUUGUCGUUUGGAGGUACCGCCUUCUACUCCUACAUUGUUUCUCCAGUAUUAUUUAAGGAGUUAUCAAGAGACGACUUUAGCAAAGUUCAAAGCAAAGUCUUCCCUCGUUAUUUCAAAUACCAAAUCCUUUCUCCAUUGCUUUUAGCUGCCAUCACUCCAUUCAAGUUGUGUCCAUUCUCAGUUGGCACGUUGGCAAUUGCUUCACUUUCAGGAAUUGUCAAUUUGUUUUACUUGGAGCCCAAAUGUCAUGCCAUUAAGGAGGAGAGAAUUAAGUUGACUGCUAUUGGUAAGGAAAAGAAGGAUAAUGGUGAGCCAAGUGAUGAGAUGCAAGCUUUGACUACUAGCUUUCGCAGAUGGCACGGAUUGAGCAUGUUGGUUAACAACUUGUCGGUUUUGUCUUUGGCUGUUUACGGAUUAACUGUAGCUAAAGGAUUAACAUUGAUUAAAUACUAA